UCAUCAAUUAAUGCGGGCAUUCCGGUCACAAUAUUUAAAAAUGGCUUCGUUACAACUUGGUAGAACUUUAAUCCAACGCAAUGGAAGAGAUGUUUAUAUCAUAGCAGAAAUCGGUCAAAAUCAUCAGGGUAGUUUGGAAGUAGCCAAACUUAUGAUCAAGGAGGCACGGGAUGCUGGUUGCAAUUGCGUAAAAUUCCAAAAAUCUUGCCUUGAAGAAAAAUUUACCAAGUCCGCUCUACGACGAACAUACAAUGACUUCAACUCUUGGGGCAAAAGCUAUGGCGAGCACAAGGCCUUUCUAGAAUUUUCUUUCGAGCAAUAUUUAGAACUCAAAGAGUACAGCCGCUCUAUUGGAAUUGAUUUUACAGCAUCAGCAAUGGAUGAAGUUUCUUUAUAUCAAUUAGAUUUAUUGAACGUGCCGUUUAUAAAAAUAGGUUCGGGGGACGCAAAUAAUUUUCCCUUGUUGGAGAAAGCAGCUAAACUGCAAAGACCAAUUAUUAUAUCAACAGGAAUGCAAACAGCUACUACUAUUGAACGUAUCAAACGCAUAAUGUCGGACGCUAAAAAGUCAAAUUAUGGAAUCAUGCAUUGUGUCUCUUCUUAUCCAACUAAGCCGGAAGAUUGCCAAUUGAAUAAAAUAUCAUGGCUAAGGCAGAUUUUUCCACACUUGGUAAUAGGAUAUUCGGGUCAUGAGGUUGGGAUACAAAUAACCCAGGCUGCUGUUCUCAUUGGUGCAAGGGUUGUAGAGAGACAUUUCACAUUGGAUAAUAGUCUCAAGGGUUCAGAUCAUAAAUGCUCUUUAGAACCCAGAGAUAUGAAGCAAAUGGUGCUUGACUUAAAAAAUCUGAUGAGUAGUUCCAUAAUCGAUCGACCACUAACAUCUUCAGAAGUAUUUUCCUUACUUGGCAAUACUCGGGAUGUUAUAAAAGCUUUGCAAAUUUGUAAUAACGGCAAAAUUAUAGAAGAUUGUGAAAUAAACUGCAGAAAAAAACUGGGAAAGUCGUUGGUAACAAAGAAGGCUCUUAAUCCAGGCCACGUGAUUUGUAGAGACGAUUUAAAAGUGAAGGUCAGCGAACCAAAUGGAAUUUGGGCAGAAUACAUUGACGAAGUCGUCGGAUUACAACUAUUACAAUACAUCGACGCAGAUUACCCCCUACUUUGGGAAUAUGUACGCAAAUAAAACUUACCCUUAAAUAUCGUGCAGCAUUUUCUACCCUUAAUUUUUAAUUAUAUGUAUGUUGUAAACGAAAAUUAUUGAUAUACAUAUAAGAUAAUUGCUUCAGUCGUUGGCAGACGGCAACGAAUAAAAACAUGCCUCAGAGUACAACACACUGAUACAACAACAACAACAACAUGCAUGAGUGUGUUGCAACAAUUUAAAAACAAUGUUUUAUGCUUAUUUAACGCUACACAACAAAGGAAAAAUCAUUAAAUUUUCUUAGUAUUAUUCA